AAGCAAGCAGAACACACAUUCCCUCUCCCCUGCCCUGCCGGGUGUCUUUCGUUGCCUCCGCGCGUAGGAAGCGAACAGGAAGCGAACACACAGGGCGGUGGACAACCGCGUUUCCCGUCGAGUCUCGGAGGCGAUGCGAGUCACGCAUUAUUGAAUGCCGUUUUCGUUUUCGGCCAUUCCAGUCAGUAGUAGUGGGCCGGGGAGAUGCAGUUUUCGACAUCCCCGGUGCUCCAGGGUUCCGGUUAGAGUUUCGGACGGUGUGUUUGCGCGUCACAUUGGGCGUUCCGGCUUCCGGGCCAUUCGCCAAAGGGAUUGACGGAUUUGUUUCCGUGAAAACAAAGUGACAAGAAUUAAAAAAUAAAAAGAAAUACGGAAAACAAACACUUAACGCAACGCUUAAGUCGAAUCCACGUUGCCUGGUGUGUGAAUAGUGUAGAACGAAACUCGUGCAAGAGUGCAAGAAAAUUGUGAUACAACCGGAAAUACUAGUUCACGCCCGCGCGACAACAACGACGACGAAGAAGAAGGGAGAAGAAGUGCAUCCGCAAGGCAGACGUGACGCAGCCGGAAUCCAAGCGUAUAUACACGAAGGAAAAGGGGGAAAAAAUAAAGCAGCAACGAAAGAAUAGGAAGCAGUAGCACCCCACACGCAUCAUCAUCCAAACACAACGGAGAGUUCCAAAAAUAAAAAAAAAACCCACACACGGACGUUGUCGGUCGUCGUCAAGGCGACCAGCGGUCGUGUAGAGUGCGUACGUGCGUUCGUGCGUGCGUGUGCUUUCUGCUCUAUUGGUUUGUGGAAGAACGCGCGUUCUUUCGAUGUGUGAAUUUCGCUCCUCCGUCAAUGGUUUGCGAUUGUGUGUGAAGCGCUAAAAACGUCAAUUUUAGCAGUUGUUGAUUUCGAAGCGUGAGAAAGUGACAGUGUCAUUGUUAAAGGAGAGGUGCGUGCAUCAAGUGAAUUGGAAAACAAACAAAUUGAUCGGAUAAAACAAACGAAGGAUAGCAAGGCGCGGCUACACAAGGACACUAAUGAUCGAUGUAGGAUGGCCUCGUCACCGACACCAUCCUUAGACUCACUGCCGGGUGCAUCAAACUCGAUCGGUUCGUUCGGCGAACCGGCGGACUACCUGUCCGACUCGCCCCUGACCACGCUGAGCGGCGGCUCCGGCACCACGUCCGGCUCGUCUCCGCCGGCCAGCGACUCCGCCAUCUGCGACGACUUCGCGACCUCGUCCAGCAUCGAGUCGGCCCAGUCGAACAACGGCUCAUCGGAGUCGCUCUUCCCGCGCUGCACCGGCUGCAAGAGCAAGCAGUCGGACGCGGUCGCCAAAUGCAUCGACUGCGUUAACUUCCUGUGCGCCAACUGCGUCACGGCGCACCAGUUCAUGCACUGCUUCGAUGGCCACUCGGUGUUCCGGAUUGCCGGCACCGGUGGCAGUGGUGGCGGUCCGCUCGGACCGAUCGUCUCGCUCGGCCUCCCGCUCGGGGGCUCCAUGUCCACGAACGGCAACGCCCCAACAACGCCCACGCUCGGUGGGCUGCUCGGUGGGUCGGGCUUGGAGGGUCCACCGGGUUUGCUGGCCAGCAGCAUCCUGAACGGCACCGACGGCGGAAAGAUGCUGAACGGUGGUGGUGGUUUCGAGUCGUCCCAUCCACGCCUCAGCUCGCUCAAUCUGACCAUCAAGGACGACGCCUGCAGUCUGGUGAAGUCAAUCAUGAACAAUGUCAUAACACCGCCGACCUCGAACGGCACUGGAGGUGGUGGCGGCGGCGGCAUUGGUGCCCCGGGCAGUGGCAACGGUGGGUGUGGCGGGAGCAGCAGCAGCACCAGUAGCACCAGCAGUAACAGCAGCAGCAAUGGUAGCAACGGAAGCAGCAGCCUGCUGAACCAUCUCAACAGCCAGCUGUCGAACGUGAUGCAGCCAACGUCCAUGCUUGGCAGCACCGAGUUGCUGCUCUCGAACGGCCUCGGUGGUGGCGGCGGUCUCGGUGGCCUGCUAGGGGGCAACGGUGGCACUGGCAGCAAGACGAACUACUUCUGCAAGCGUCACCAGAGCGAGCUGCUGAAGUUCUUCUGCCGCACGUGCAACGUGCCGGUGUGCAAGGACUGCAUGCUGCUGGAGCAUCCGAGCGGUGUGCACGAGUGCGAGCACAACAGCGAUACCACGCCGAAGCAGAUCGAGUCGCUGCUGCACACGGUCUCGGAGGUGCGGGCGAAGGCGCAGGAGCUGCGCUCGCUGAUCAAGAACGUCGAGCACAGCAGCCAGCGCAUCCAGCUGCAGUACCACAAGGCGCAGAACGAGAUCAACGAUACGCACCAGUUCUACCGGUCGAUGGUGGACGAGCGCAAGGCCGAGCUGCAGAAGGAGCUGGAGAGCUUCUACAACGCGAAGUCGAUGUCGCAGUCGGUGCUGCUGAACCGCAGCCAGGACCAGGUCGACAAGGUGCUGCAGAGCUGCGAGUUCGUCGAGCGGCUGACCAAGUGUGCCGGCCUGUCCGAGCUGAACAUGCUGCGCAAGUUUCUCGAGAACAAACGGCUACUGUUUCCGGCCAUCAGCAACGAUCUGCAGGCAUCGUACGAGCUCGAGUUCGUCUCGAACUAUCAGGCGAUCCAGAUCGGCGUGCGCAACACGUACGGCUACAUCCGGGCGAACUCAGACCUCACGAGCACCACCACCAAGCAGCCACCGAUCGCACGUCCCACAUCCACCACGAACGGCGGGGGAGGUUCGCUGAUUGGAGGCAAUCGGAGCUCCAGUCCGUCCAACAGCAGCACCGGCAGCUUGAACCUGUUGCACCAUCACCAUCACUCGAACGGUGGCGGUUCGAAUCUGUUGAUGAACGGCGGUGGCCCACACCUGCUCGACCACCAUCAGCAUCAGCAGCAGCAACAGCACCACCAGCAACACCAGCAGCAGCAACAACAUCAGCGUUCGUACGGCGGCGCUGGUUCAGCUGUGAACGGCCACAGUAACAACGGCGUUGGCCUGUCGACAUCGCCCCUCAGCCUGGUCAAUGGACUCGGGGGCGCCUUCGAUACGACCAGCACCAUCAUCUCCAAGCGCUUCAACAGCGCCAAUAGUCUCGGCCCGUUCGUCGGAGACGCGGGCCCGCUUGGGCAACCGAUCGGCAAUCCGUACGAGAAGUGGAGCAACGGAGGCACCGGCACCGAUCUGUUCAACAACCUCGCCGACCAGUACACGAUCCCGCUGAACCCGAUCGGUGGAGGCGGAGGUGGUGGCGGCGGAGGCGGUGGUGGCGGUGGUGGUGGAGGAGGCGGUGGCAGCGGACAGCAGGACUCGUCGACGGCGGCGGCCAUGAUCGAUCUGUCGGCGAAGCUCAUGUCGACCACGAUGUUCCCGCCGAAGAGCCAGAUCAAGCGGCAGAAGAUGAUCUACCACUGCAAGUUCGGUGAGUUCGGCGUGAUGGAGGGUCAGUUCACGGAGCCGAGCGGGGUGGCAGUGAACGCCCAAAACGACAUCAUCGUCGCGGAUACCAAUAACCACCGGAUACAGAUCUUCGACAAGGAGGGCCGCUUCAAGUUCCAGUUCGGCGAGUGCGGCAAGCGUGACGGCCAGCUGCUCUACCCGAACCGGGUGGCGGUGGUGCGCACGUCCGGCGACAUUAUCGUGACCGAGCGGUCGCCGACGCACCAGAUCCAGAUCUACAACCAGUACGGCCAGUUCGUGCGCAAGUUCGGCGCGAACAUUCUGCAGCAUCCGCGCGGCGUCACCGUCGACAGCAAGGGCCGGAUCGUGGUCGUCGAGUGCAAGGUGAUGCGCGUCAUCAUCUUCGAUCAGUCGGGCAACGUGCUGCAGAAGUUUGGCUGCAGCAAGCACCUGGAGUUCCCGAACGGCGUCGUCGUCAACGACAAGCAGGAGAUCUUCAUCAGCGACAACCGGGCGCACUGCGUGAAGGUGUUCAACUACGAGGGCCAGUUCCUGCGCCAGAUCGGCGGCGAGGGCGUCACCAACUAUCCGAUCGGCGUCGGCAUCAACGCCAGCGGUGAGAUUCUGAUCGCGGACAAUCACAACAACUUCAACCUGACCAUCUUCACGCAGGACGGACAGCUGGUGUCCGCGCUCGAGAGCAAGGUCAAGCACGCCCAGUGCUUCGACGUGGCGCUCAUGGACGACGGUAGUGUGGUGCUGGCGAGCAAGGACUACCGGCUCUACAUCUACCGAUACGUGCAGGUUCCUCCGAUCGGUCUGUAAGCGCAUCGGCCCAACCCCGUGUGCCCCGGCGUCAACGACGGUGGUGGUCUUCCAGUUGGUAGAACGCGCGUGCGACAAUGUGGCCUCCCAAGAUAGUACUGUAAAUACGUAUGCCCCAUCUCCACAUAAUCCCGUGCAUGGUUGCUGCACACAAAAGUUGUACAGCGCUCGCGCCGUCUCUUGCAGCGCAGGGUGUUCAAUAUCCCGAACCAACGUCCCGAUACAAUCAUCUUUCGAACGAGAGCUAGGGGAGUCGCCGGGACUUUUUCUUGUGAUAGUGCCACACAACGUCUAAACCCCCCCAGUCACUAAAGCAGCGCCGGAGGACCACAAACCGCGUAGAGGAAGUGAAGUGUGUACACCGCAGUGUCACUUCCCAGAGGGAUUAAACACUCUGGCGAAAGAUUUAUAAAAAGCAAACAUGGAUGAAUGAAUGAAGUGCAGAGAACAAGAAAGUGAAACAAGGACGACGCAGCCAAACCAACAUUUUUGAUGGGACCUAUGUGCAUAUACAUAUGUGUGUGUGUAUAUAUAUGUAUGUGUGUGUAUGUGUGUGUGCAUGCUAGUGUGUUUACGUAACCGUAAGGAGUUCCACGCAAAUGCUCAGAAGGAUAUGCAUCGAACAAUCAGACUUGAACUGAAUCAAACAGAUCUCCAAAACAAAUCGAAAAAAAACAAACAGUCAACCCCGUAAACGAAAAGAUUGUUUUAGUGACAUUACAUUUAAGGUUCUUAUUCUCGAGCAUAAGAAGAACAGUGUGUAAAGUAUGUGACUGGUAGAAACGUGCACGAACGCAGAGACGACGAUCGCGUCCUGAUUAAACGGUGACCGAUCGUGAAUGCGUGCACGUGUGCUUCCUAUUAGCGAAAAGAUUGUUGUUGACAUAUCGAAUUUAGCACAAACUUUGUGUGCCAGCUGUGCUGCUGCUACAACCACGGAGUAGGAGGAGAAGGACACGGCACACGACGGCCAUCAAACGGGCCCGAUGCAGAGGCACGAGGGAAGAUGGGACGAUCCUCCAGAAGGCUCCCAAAGUCACGCCCGAUUUUUGCUGCCACGCAGAGACACGCAUCAACAUCAGCGGAAGCAGCAGAAAGUGGUGCAGCAUUGGGACCCAUCGUCCUUUAUGUGCAGGAUGACGCUAGAUUCAGGUGCUGUUGUGGAUGUGCUGGGCUCACACAGACCCCCUAAACACACACGUACACCACACCCGACAGUGAAGAGAGGAAGAGGAGGGUCACGUAAGGGUCUUGCGUAGGAUCCGGCAAGUAAGAUGUUUGUUUUUCCUGUUGAUUAGAUCCCACCCAAACCCCACCACCAUCAUGCAGGAUGCCGUAGCGAAUGUUUUCUUUUUCGAUACGAGUACGAACUACUUUUAAGUUUUGUUUGUUUUCUUUUUUUAAUGACUAUUAUUAUUUUUAUUAUUAUCGUUACGAUCCGUGACUGUGUGCGACACACAAAGUUUGAAGGCGGUUUGACGAAAAAAAAAAUUGUAAAGCUGUAAUAAGUGAACGUUGCGCCGCGUUGUACCGCUUCCUUGCAGUGAAGCACGAAUACAGGGCGAGGAUCGAACGCGCAACGCUGCACCACACCCCUGUGUAUAGGCUCAGAACACUUACCCAUCCACCCACCAGCCCCCCACAAACACUCCCCCACACGCCCACAUACACACAAAUCAGUUCAAACAGAAAGCAGCCUAGGAUAAGUUGCUCGAAGAAAAGCGACCUGUUGUAGAAGAUAGACACCGGUAAACGAUAGACUGAGCUGAAACCUGGUGGUCCAGAGCACAAGUUCGAUUGAAGAGCAGCGAAAGUGUGUAUGUGUGUAUGUGUGUAUGUGUGACCAUGCGGGUCUGCGUGGGUAUGUAGGCUUUAACUUUAGCCCCCCGCACGUAAGCUUAUUUCAAUUUGACUGAAUUGCCCCGCGCAGAAGACUAUUGUUGAAAUGUUUUUUAGUCCUUGCUUAUAUCGUAUUAUAUUAAUAUAUAUAGUCUCUCUAGUUUGA